GGUGACAGCGAAGCAGGAAGCUCCCUGCAGGCUGGGAGUGGUCGGCCGACGCUAUAAAAGACAACUCGUCUUCCUCCUUUCUGCAUUCCACUCCUCUCUGCCUCCUCUUCCUCAUAGCCGAGACCAAACCUGUUCAGGAUGUCGUGGGACCUACACCUUGAUCGACUGAAGGUAGAAACGGUUACAGAAGCGGGUAUCUUUGGGUUGGAUGGGAGUAUAUGGGCGAGCACAGAGGGCCUGAAGAACGUGACGGGGGAGCAGAUUAAGAUCCUGGCUGGUGAAUCAGCAGCUAUGUAUAGUUGUGGCCCGAAGGUCGGCGCUAUGAAGUGCGUGAUGCUCAAAGACGACCGAGAGGAUUUAAAUAGUCUGUGUCUGCACCUCAAGACCUCGGCAGCUGAUGGGAAUCUAGCUGUCUGCGUCGGCAAGAGCAUUCAAGCUAUUGUGCUCGUGAUUGGCACCGGUGCGGGGAACCAGCUGUCCAUCCCCGUGUACCAGCUCGUCAGCUACCUGAGGGGCGUCGGCUAUUAGGACUUCCUGUUCCCGACAAACAAGAUGGCCGCCCCCCCCCCCCCCCCCCCCCCCCCGUCCCCCGUCCCCCGUCCCUGCAUAACAACUCAAGAAUCCGUACAUUUUAGUUUUUAUCAUUUGAAUUCUGCCAUCAGGGAAAAAAACAAAAGUGUUCAAAGUUCACCUGACAGCAGUGUUACAUCAUCAUGUGUCCAAUCAAUAAAAGCUUUUAUUCUGAAAA